AACAAAUAAAAAACAAAAUUCUUUUCCAAAUUUGAUGAAAUUCCAAAUACCUUUUUUUUUUGAUCUAACGAAAUUCCAAAUACCUAAUUCCAAAAUUUUCUCACAUUUCACAGCCACGUUAAGAAAAAGAAGAUCACGAUUUGAAACUGUUUUUUCAUAUAUUACCUUUCAUUUUUUUUGAUCUGCCGUUAUCUCUUUUUCAUCUCUCUUUGUCAUCUUCCACAUCUUCAUUUUUUUUUUCAUUUUUCUCUUUCUGUUGAGGUCUUCUACUGAUGCCAAAUUUUGUCAUACAAGUUUAUGAUUACUCUUAAUUAAGAUUCAGUUUCCUCUUUUCUCAGUUAAUAAUCUCUUAAUUGGUGUUACAAAAAAAAUCUCUUAAUUGUUUAUUUCAGGCUGAAUAUGGCACUUGAGUGUACUGCUGUUUCAAAGCUCGGCAGCAACUAAGGUAAUAAUACAUAUUUCCAACUUCAUUAGCUUCAUAACUGGUAUUUACAAAUCUCGGUUAUUUAUAUGGCUUAUCAUUUGUAGACUAUUUCCUUGCUUUUGCAUACAACAAAAACAGAGAGGGAAGAAGAAAAAAUGAUAAACUAGGCUUUAACAAAAAUGUUUCUCUGCAGAAGACAUAGUAAAAGAGCAAAAUUGUACAUAAUCUAAAACGAGAUAUAUCCUUUAGUUUUCUAUGAUCCUCUCUUUUAUGUUAAGCUUUAAUAUUUUGUUUCUCAUGUAGUUUUGAAGAAAUCAUAUUCCACGGCUAACAAAUAACGAUCAAAAGAUGUAGAAAGACAGCAAAAAAACCUAACACUCUACCAAUGAAAAUAACUAUCAACAACCCAGCCCAUCUCCAUACCACACAUUCUGAUAUCACGUUUGAAAUCUUUAGGUGUUACAUCUAUUUUAUCCAAGGUCAGAAUUUAUCUCAUGUUGAAAUCUAUUUUUUUAAUUCAUGGCCAACUAAAUUGCCGCCAUAUCGAGAGUCUUAAAGUCAAAAAAGUUUUGAAAUCUUAACUGUUAAUGAAGAGGGGGAAAAGGGAUAACAAAAAAACAAUGUUUCUCAGAGAAUUUUCAUAAAAUUAGAGAACCGUAUUCAUCUUUAGGUGUAAGAAAUAAAAAGUGUGGACGUAUUACAAGAAAGAUAGGGAUGCAGCAGCAAUCUCUUAAUCAUGUUGUUAAGAUAUUUGACUAAAAUAAUAUUUUUUCUUGAAAAUUAUUUUACAGUUUCAUGAUCAAAUAAUUUAAUAGAAUAAAUUUAACCGUGCGUGUAGCACGGGAUAACACUAGUUGAUGGUAUAAAACCUAAGAUUUAAACUAAAUAACGUACGCGGCAAGUCACUGUGGUUUAUUUCAAUCGAAUGAUCGGACCGGUUUGCUGCUGGCUCUUUCAAACCGGGCGGGCUUUGUCAAAUUGGACCGAAUAAAAUUGGUUCGUAAGAAAAAAUCUUAAAACAAACAACGAGGCCCACAAACACUGUUGGGCCCUCCUAAAGAAGUCCAACAAGUUUUGAAUUUCAAAAGUUUUCACUUCCCUCUUUCUCUCCCCACUCUCGCCGGAAAGAAAAAAAAAAAAACUCUCAGAACAAAUAUCUAAUCUCUCCUCUUUCGAUUCCAAAACCGACCAUGAGCUCCUCCUUAUCAUCAUCACCCACCUCCCUCCACGACCCGCUCUUCCCCUGGCUUCUGAAGAUUCGAAAAUCGACGGAAGAUGUAUGCUCCGGUAGAACUUCCGGCGAAGAUCUCGACGAGCUUCUCUACGAGUGUAUCUCAACUUACAAGGAAGAUCCUCGGUACCGAAACGACGUCAGAUUCCUCAAGAUCUGCUUUCUCUACCUUGAGGGGAGUGAAGAUUUCGAGAGUGUUUAUAAAGAAGUAGAAGAGAACGAGAUAUGCAUAGGGCACUCGUUGCUCUACGAAUGGUAUGCUACUUUCCUCGAGCUCAAAGGGUUAUGGAUAAGAGCUCAUUUGGUUUAUCAGACUGGUCUUUCUAGGGAAGCUCAACCGUUUGAUAGGUUAAAAGAGGCUCACUCUUUCUUCUUGCAACGAAUCUCUAAACGGACUAAACCAUCUUCUCUUGUUAAGGUUGGUGAGACGCUUUUUGUUAACCCCUGGGAGACCUCCACUGUGGACGGUUUGAUUCUCAAGAUUAAACCCCAGCUUGUCAAAUAUGAUGGUUACUAUGCAACCAACAAAGCCUUCCCCUCCAAAGCCAACUUGUCUUUUUUGCAGAACUUUUCAAGAAAUAAGAUCAUUGACAUAGGUGGAAGGAAGUACCAGAUCAAGGGAUGUGCUGGUCAAGGUGGUUUUGCUCAAGUGUUCAAAGCAUGUAUUGACUCCAAUCCUGAUGAAAUUGUUGCUCUCAAGGUACAAAAGCCACCUUUCCCUUUGGAAUUCCACAUGUAUCGCCAGCUUGACCGCAGGAUCCCCGAGAACCAAAGAUCAAGUUUUGGAUUGGCUCAGAGAGUGCACAUGUAUUCAGACUGCAGUAUACUUGUGUGCGAUUAUCUAUCACAUGGGACACUCCAGGACGUCAUAAACUCGUAUGUCGUUGUUGGCAAAUCCAUGGAAGAAGUUUUGUGCAUGUAUUACACAAUUGAGAUGCUGUACAUGCUGGAAACUCUGCACAGUGUUGGAAUCAUUCAUGGUGAUUUCAAGCCAGACAAUCUGCUCAUCCAAUACCCUCCGAAAAAUCUGACCGAGACAGGCUUUCAUGAAAAAACAGGCUCUUGGAGCAAUCAGGGUCUGUGUCUUGUGGACUGGGGUAGAGGAAUAGACUUGAGCCUGUUUCCUAGCACCACCCAGUUUACAGGAGAUUGUCGUACGUCAGGUUUCCGUUGCACAGAGAUGAAGGAGAACAAACCUUGGAAGUUUCAGGUGGACACUUAUGGACUCUGCGUAAUCGUACAUAUGAUGCUGCACAACACAUACAUGGAGAUCGAUAAAAAACAAUCUCUGGACGGUGGACACGUAAAUAUGCCAAGAACUUCCUUCAAAAGAUACUGGAACGUGGAUCUGUGGAAGGAACUAUUCACGAAGCUGCUCAACAGUGAGACGUGUGAAGAUGACACUGAGACACUGAGGAGUCUGAGAAAGUCGAUGGAAGCGUAUAUAUGCUCUGAUCCUAAGCUCAUGGACAAGCUUAACGAGUUACUCGCCAAACAACGCGUCUCUUUAUGUUCUUCGUAAUUAUAAAGAGUCUCUGUAAAGUCUGUUUGUGUGUGAAAAAAAGAAAGAAAGAAAGAAAGAAGGAAACCUUUUUAGACACUCUGCUUGCCUCUAUCUCAGUGAUGCGCAAUAUGUUAGUUUGACAAAUUUAUGUA